AUGACAAAGAACAAUAAGUCAGCAGCUGGAGGUCCCAAAACCAGUGUGCCAACCACCCUUGAUACGCUUUUCAACACCUUACAGGCACUGGUGAAUCAACUAGAUAAGAUAGAAGCUCUCAGCCAGGAAUCUUCCUUAAACUCAGAAAUCUCACAUCACUCAAUGGAAUUCCUCACUGCGCAAUUGGACAACCUAGCCAAACGACUAGAACAAAUGGACAAGACCUUAUAUUCCAACUCUAUUCACAGUCUUGAUAUACAAACCAACACACCGUUGCAUAAACCAUUUCAAACAAGGCCAUACUAUCAUCAGGACGUGUACAGGGAAUGA